AGAGAGAGGAAGGAGGAAGAGCUCAGCAAAUUUCCUAAAUAAGUUUUCCAACCACACUUGACUGUGGUUAAGUGUGAAGAUCAGACAGGACUCGGGGAGGCCCCCAGCUCUAUGCUGAAGCCUUCAGCUACUGUCUCAAGUUUUUGGUAAGGAAUCCUGGAUCCAGCUGGUCACUUGUGCCUCACUUGUUUUGCUCCUUAUAGAAGUUUAGCAAUGGAGUCUUUCUCCGCUGAGACCAAUUCAACUGACUUACCCUCACAGCCCUGGAAUGAACCCCAAGUAAUUCUCUCCAUGAUCAUUCUCAGCCUCACUUUCUUACUGGGAUUGCCAGGCAAUGUGUUGGUGCUGUGGGUGGCUGGCCUAAAGAUGCAGUGGACAGUGAACACAGUUUGGUUUCUCCAUCUCACACUGGCGGACUUUCUCUGUUGCCUCUCCUUGCCCUUCUCCAUGGUUCACUUGGCUCUCCAAGGACACUGGCCUUAUGGUUGGCUCCUAUGCAAGCUCAUUCCCUCCAUCAUUGUCCUCAACAUGUUUGCCAGUGUCUUCCUGCUGACUGCCAUUAGUCUUGACCGCUGUCUUUUGGUACUCAAGCCAAUCUGGUGCCAGAAUCACCGCACUGUUAGAAGAGCUUUCGCUAUCUGUGGAUGUAUCUGGGUGAUGGCUUUUAUAAUGUGUGUACCUGUGUUCAUAUACCGGGAAACAUACACCAUAGAUGACCAUAAUAUGUGUGGCUACAAUUUUGGUCUCGACAGUUCGUUCGAUUAUUCAGACUUCACCUUUGGUCUACUGGAAAACGGGUCUCUUGACAACUCCACUGUUCAGCUGCCUGGAGAAAUGGAUGAUAGGUUAGAUUAUUUCUCUUUACAAACAAAUGUUCUUCAUUCUCAAACAUUUCAAAGACCUUCUGGAGAUUCACUCCCUGGGGAUUCAGCUAGAUUACCUAGUCAACAUCCAUAUUAUAAUUUAUUUAAACCUGAUGAUGAGGUCUUACCUACAAUCCCAAGUGGGUUUCCCACUGAAGGUCACAAAACUAACCCACUAGAUAACUCUGACGCUGUCGUCUCUACUGAUUUAGAGCUUUUCUCUAGUUCCUCUAGCAAUUCCUUAUAUAUGACUGAACUAUCACAAGAUUUCCUGGAUGAUAAUUUAGGCCAGUUUGCAUAUGACAAUCAAGUUUCAACACCCUUGGUGACAAUGACCAUCACUAGGUUAGUGGUGGGUUUCCUAUUGCCAUUUAUUGUCAUGGUGGCCUGUUAUAGCCUCAUUAUCUUCAGAAUGCGACGAAGCCGCUUCACCAAGUCUAGGAGCAAAACCCUCCGAGUGGCCAUAGUGGUGAUGGUUGUGUUCCUUGUCUGCUGGGCGCCAUACCACAUUUUUGGAGUCCUCUUAUUGUUUGUUGACCCAGAAACUACCUUUGGGGAAGCUAUGCUCUCCUGGGACCAUGUGGCCCUUGCUCUAGCAUCUGCCAAUAGUUGCUUCAAUCCCUUCCUCUAUGCCUUCAUGGGGAAAGGUUUUAGGAAGAAAGCAAGGCGGUCCAUGCAGGGCAUUCUGGAGGCAGCUUUCAGUGAGGACCUCAAACAUUCCACCAGCUGUACGUCAAACAAAGUCUUUUCAGAAACAAACAGUAGCAGAGCUGUGUGAGAAUAUGGAGCAUUGAACCAAGCAGAACUUCUUAGGUAUUCACCCAGUGUAACAUGCCCUGCCCUAGAGUUGUUAAAAGCUCUAUUUCUUUUUUCUUUAUAUAUAUAUAAUAUUCAUAUAUAUAUAUAUAUAUAUAUAUAUAUAUAUAUAUAUAUGAAUAUUGGGGAAGUGUG